AUGUCUGAAGAUGACGAGAAACGCACAAAACAACUGGAAGAAGCCAGAAAACGAGUAGAAGAGCUGAAGAACAGAAGAAAGAAGAAAGAUCAAAAGAAGAAAAAGGCCGAGACAGAAGAUCCAAGUAGUGGUAACCCAGAAAAAGAAUCCAAUACAGAGGGAUCAGUCAAUGUCAAUAGUGAAGGCAACGAAAAAGUGGAAAUAGGAAAUGAUCACUCAGAGAGCUUGGCGAAAGAAGAGCCAGAAGCUAAAGACCUUUCUCCAGAGCUGAAAAGCAUUGACACAACGGUUCCAGAACUCGAGAAAAGCAGCUCUGAAGCGGCUGCUGAGGAGGCCAAAACAGUAAGCGAAACUAGCACUUAUGAGCCCCUGGAAAGUGAGAUCCCAGAAAACGAGCUGCAGCAGGAGUCCGUUGACAAGGUGCAAACAGAAACAGAGCCUAACGACCAGGCUCUCGAAAACGAGCUACCCUCAUCGUCUCCAGAAGCACGAGAAAACGAAUCCGCCGGUGCUUCUUCCCUCUUCCCCGAAGAUUCACCCUCGUUUCUAUCGGAGCUACAACGCGAAAACGACCGCAUUGCGCUAAUAGACCUCCAAAAGCAGGUCACUAGUCUCACAGCGGAGCUUCGCAAACUAAAGUUUGUUAAUAUGGAACAAGAAACAACUAUCGAAGAACUACAGGAACACGUACAAACCUUGGAAGCUCAGUUGAGCGCCUCGCAGCAAGAGGUUGCCUCCGAAAGACAAAAGUUCGCGGAAUACCAAGCCACAGCACUCUCCCUAGCACACCAAGAGCCCCAUACUCCUCGAAAACAGCCACCUGUUUUCUCCACACCUCUCGUCGACCGCAGUGCGCUCGAUAAGUGGAAAGGCUGGAAUGUUGACAUGACUCAGUGGCGAAGCAUCGGAUCCGGACCAAUCGUGCACCUAUAA